UGUACAUCAUUCGAGGCACGUUUAUCUUCGAGCAUCGUAAAUAAUAAAAUAUUGGCGUAUUUAAUGAAUCUAUCGUUUCUUUUUUUAUUUUUUUUUUUUUUUUUAUAAUUCAUUAGGUAGAUUGUCCAAGUAUGGACGAAUUUAAAGUAAUUUCUUGCCAAGCUCUUUCAAUGUUCUGCAUUGAUAAAAUCGGAAGGGAUGCAUUUCUCAAAAUUCACGGUCCGUCUAAAUUAUAUUAUCUACUAUCAGAUUUGCAUUCUAUUCCGGUAAGAAAUGCUGCGGUUCAAUUGAUUCAAUUAUUAUCCGCUGAUCCAGUUUUGGCAAAUGUAUUCGUACAGACAAAGUAUUUGUCAUACAUGUUGAAUAAUCGUGUAUCGACAAGGAUCAUACCAUCAUGGGAUACUUGCAUAGAAGCUCUUUUUAAUUCUCAUUUACCAGCCAAAUUUGCAUUCACCGGUCGACUUUCAUUGCACGAUAUAACCAAAGAUGGUUUUUAUGUUUUACGUCAAAAUAUUUGCCCAUUUCCUGUACUAAAUGAUAUAUUUCGUUUUAAACUUUGUCCAUUGGAACCUGUUUAUGUAGUGAAUACAGCACGAUCAUAUUCUUCGAUUACUACAAAUAAUAAUAAUAAUAAUAAUAAUAAUAAUAAUAAUAAUAAUAAUAAAAAUAAUGAUAAAAAUAUGGAAGAAGCUAAAAAUUCGAUUAUAAACGAGAACGCUUCGAAAGGAAUAUUUCUAUCAGACGAAAUUUUAAAUAGUUGGUUGCAGUUAAUGUUUGGUCGAUUGCAAUUAGAUCCUUAUCUCUGUGAAUAUAUUGAUAUUUUAAAAUGCAAACUUGUAGCUAUGGAAUCGAAAGAUUUAAUAAUCAAUGAAGAACCAAAUUUGGUAAACAUUUGUACCAUCGCAUCGCGUGCAAAAAUGUUAGCCGAGUUCGUUGCACGUCAAAUGUCAGGACCUGACCCUAGUGGCACGUGCGUAGAUCAUCAAUUAGAAGUCCACUUGAGAGAGAUCAAAGAAUCCAUAGGAACGAGCGUGAUUCCUCUCGGACAGCUGCGUGUCGGUUCUUAUCUAGAAAGAGCAGUACUUUUUAAAGUAUUAGCUGAUAAAAUAUGUCUUCCAACUGCUUUGGUACGAGGAGAAUACGGUACCGCUUGGGUCGAGAUAGCUAUACCACAAAUCGAGGUACCACCCGAAGACACUUGUUUUAUGGAAUAUUUAAUGAAAGAAGGACCAUGUACCGAUUGGAUCGUAAGAGAUAUCUCAUUAUUGGAAGAAAAUCAAUUAUCGUCGAAGAAAAUAUUUUCACAGGUUCAAAGUGUAAGUAAUAUCGUAGUACCUUGGAAAUUACAACAAUCAAUUUUUCCGUCGAAGUUAUUGAAACCUAACGUUAUAGUAGAUCUGAUAGAAAAACCUGGUCGAUUUAUAUCAAUCGAUAGUGAAUUGGGUAAAGCAUAUAGAAGUAAAAAAAUCGUUUGCGAUUUGAUAUGUUCGUCUGAAUUAUGAGAUUUAUUUAUGAAAAAAAGAAAAAGAAAAAAAAAGAAACAAAAAAAAUCUUUUCAACUUAUUAAGAAGAAUUUUUUAGUUUUUCAUCCUACGUGUUACAAUUAAAGCAUUCCUUUUUGUCCUGUUUUUUUUUUCUUUUUAUUAUUUAAUUUAAAAAUAUUAUUUUC